AUGCCGAAGAGCAUUAGGCAAAUAUUGUUUGUUGAUUUUCAUGAUUGCAUUUACAUUGUUCCAAUUGGUUUUGAUGAACCUCUUUCUUAUUUUCUCUUAGGUGGGGGCUCAAAUCCAUUCCAGCACUUGGACAAAGGUUCUGUACUGCAGGAGGCUCGAGUGUUUAACGAAACUCCCAUCAACCCUCGGAAAUGUGCUCAUAUUCUGACCAAGAUCCUGUAUCUAAUAAAUCAGGGGGAGCAUUUUGGCUCCAUAGAGGCUACAGAGGCAUUUUUCGCCAUGACCAAGCUCUUCCAGUCAAAUGAUCCCACCCUACGAAGGAUGUGCUACUUGACAAUCAAAGAGAUGGCUAACAUUGCUGAGGAUGUCAUCAUCGUUACCAGCAGCCUGACUAAAGACAUGACUGGGAAAGAAGACAAUUAUCGGGGACCUGCUGUGAGAGCACUGUGUAAAAUUACUGAUGGCACCAUGCUGCAAGCCAUCGAGCGAUACAUGAAGCAGGCAAUCGUGGACAAAGUGCCUAGUGUCUCCAGCUCAGCAUUGCUUUCCUCCUUGCACUUGCUCAAGACUGGCUUUGAUGUGGUGAAGCGCUGGGUGAACGAAGCUCAAGAGGCAGCCUCUAGUGACAACAUUAUGGUGCAGUAUCAUGCUCUGGGCCUACUGUACCACAUCAGGAAAAAUGACCGGCUUGCAGUUAACAAGAUGGUGUCAAAGUUCUCACGCCAGGGCCUCAAGUCACCGUUUGCCUAUUGUAUGAUGAUCCGCAUUGCCAGUAAAUUGUUGGAGGAGGACGACAACAACCGUGACAAUCCUCUAUUUGACUUCAUUGAGAACUGCAUGAGGAACAAGCAUGAGAUGGUUGUCUAUGAAGCAGCCUCUGCCAUUGUCAACUUGCCAAACUGUACAGCUAAAGAACUGGCUCCUGCUGUGUCUGUGCUACAGUUGUUCUGUAGUUCGCCUAAGGCAGCCCUGCGAUAUGCAGCAGUGAGGACACUCAAUAAGGUGGCGAUGAAACACCCGUCAGCUGUGACUGCAUGCAACCUGGAUCUGGAAAACCUGGUGACAGACUCGAACCGCAGCAUUGCCACUCUCGCCAUCACCACGCUGCUGAAAACGGGCAGUGAGAGCAGCAUUGACCGCCUCAUGAAGCAGAUCUCCUCCUUUAUGUCAGAAAUCUCAGAUGAGUUCAAGGUGGUGGUGGUGCAGGCCAUCAGUACUCUGUGCCAGAAAUUUCCACGAAAGCACUCCGUGAUGAUGAACUUCCUAUUCACCAUGCUGCGAGAAGAGGGUGGAUUUGAGUACAAGCGUGCCAUUGUGGAAUGCAUCAUUUGUAUAAUUGAGGACAACCCAGAGAGCAAGGAGACGGGGCUGGCUCACCUUUGCGAAUUCAUUGAGGACUGCGAGUUCACAGUGCUCGCCACCCGGAUCCUUCACCUGCUUGGGAGGGAAGGAGCCAGGACCCCCAACCCUUCCAAGUACAUUCGCUUCAUCUAUAAUCGGGUCAUCCUGGAGAACGAAGAGGUCCGAGCAGCUGCUGUGAGUGCCUUGGCAAAGUUUGGAGCCCAGAAUGAAGAGAUGUAUCCCAGUGUAAGUGUGCUAUUGAAGAGAUGUAUGAUGGAUGACGACAAUGAGGUACGAGACCGGGCCACUUUCUACCUGAGUGUGCUGGAGCAGAAACAAAAGGCACUGAACUCUGCUUAUAUCCUCAAUGGUCUACAAGUGUCCAUUCCAGGCUUGGAGCGAGCACUUCACCACUACACACUGGAACCAUCUGAAAAACCCUUUGACCUAAAAUCAGUUCCGCUGUCGAUGGCUCCCACCUCAGAGCAGAAGUCUGAAAUCUCUCCAGCAGCCACUGUCAAAGUGCCAGAGAAGGUGGCAUCGAGCAGGCAGGAUAUUUUCCAAGAACAACUUGCUGCUAUCCCAGAGUUCAAAGACCUUGGCUCACUUUUCAAGUCUUCGCCUAACCCUGUCCCCCUCACAGAAUCGGAGACAGAAUAUGUUAUCCGUUGCACAAAACACACCUUCGAAAAUCAUUUUGUGUUCCAGUUUGAUUGCACCAAUACUCUGAAUGACCAAAUAUUGGAGAAUGUCACAGUGCAGAUGGAACCGACAGAAGGUUACGAAGUGCUGUGCUGUAUUCCAGCGGCUACCCUAUCCUAUAACCAGCCAGGCAUCUGUUAUACGCUGGUGAUGUUGCCUGAGGAAGAUCCAACUGCAGUGUCCUGUACAUUUAGCUGUACUUUAAAGUUCACUGUGAAAGACUGUGAUCCUAAUACGGGAGAGGCUGAUGAAGAGGGCUAUGAAGAUGAGUAUGUGCUGGAAGAUGUGGAGAUCACUGUGGCAGAUCACAUCCAGAAAGUCCUGAAACCAAACUUCAGUGCUGCUUGGGAGGAAGUGGGAUCUGAAUUUGAGAAGGAGGAGACCUUUGCCCUGUCCAGCAUGAAAACACUUCAUGAGGCCGUGAAUAACAUUAUUAACUUCCUGGGCAUGCAGCCGUGUGAGAGGUCUGACAAGGUGCCAGAGAAUAAGAAUUCUCACACACUUUAUCUAGCAGGUGUUUUCCGCGGAGGUCACGACCUCCUUGUGAGGGCCCGGCUUGCCCUGAUGGAUGGAGUGACCAUGCAAGUGACCGCGCGCAGUAAAGACGAAGUUCCUGUCGAUGUCAUCAUGGCCUCUGUUGGUUAGAUUCUUCUAUGAAGAAAACGCUGGACCUACUCUCGCUGCCCAGGGUGGGUGAGAGAUUUCUAAGGGAACGCCAUGACUCGUUCAUUUUAUUGCUAAUUAUGGGGGAGAAAAGAUUGAGCUUGCUUCAGUGAUGCAAAAAUAGAUGCUGUCGGAUCUUUUGCAUCGGGAAGCAGGUUUGUGAAAUGAUCACUUGUAAUAAUAUCUCUGAUUAAUGUUAGGAAAUGUUUGGAGAAUACCAGCAAAUCAGAAUGAAUUUUAAGUACCCUUCAUGCCUAUGAGGGCUUGUUACAUUACACAUAUAUAAUACACAAACUGUAGUAUGGAACACAGGGGCAUUAACUUUUUUUUCCCCUGUCUGUAAUUUGUUGAAUAAAAAGGCUUUUGUUAUUCCAA